AACUUGCUAAGUGUCAAAAUUCUGAAAAGAAAAUAUUAAAUCAUAUAUUUUCUAGUGUUUAGUGUUUACAUCGACAUUUAGACUAUUAAAAACACAAUGAUUAAAACGGCAGGCUUAGGCGCUCACAGGCCACUAUCUGGGCAACUAUAUAAAUACACAAAUGUUGUAAAAGGCUGGCAGCAGCGGUGGUUUGCGGUCGAUCCCGAAACGGGUGUUUUAUCUUAUUACCUUUUUGAUGGGCCUGGAGACACUAUCCAGCCGGGACAACCUGCCAGAGGAGAGGCGCACUUAGCAGCAGCAGUGAUAUGUCCUAGUGAUGAGGACUCCCGUACCUUCACAAUCAACUGUGCUUCCGGAGACAUGCUCAAACUAAGGGCUACAGAUGCAAGAGCAAGACAAGAGUGGGUCAAUGGCCUCAGGGCUAUAGCUGAAAUACACACAAAGGCCAUGGGCGCUAACCCACCACUGCAGCCUCGGGAACAACUAGCAGUUCAUGAUGCCAUGGCAUCAGCAAGACAACAGUUGCAGGCCACAGAACUAAGUGAUGCAGCUCUAGCAAGGUGUAUAGAAUUUUCCGAUUCACCAUUUCCUCAUACAGACCCUGAUUUAUUGCUUUUGAAGGCAACAUCAGCAGCCAGUAUGCAGUGCUUGCUCCAGUGCCUGGGCAUCCUCCACCGACAACAGCAGUAUGCUACAGUCAGUGUGUCCAGCAAGCACUCGGAAAAUGACCAUCAUUAACCACAGAUGUGUAUAAACUAAGAGAUAGAAACGUGAUUACACUAUGAAAUACUAUAUUUGAUGAUGCUAUUUACUUGUAUUAAAUGCUUUAUAAUUUACAUUUCAAGUUUGUUGUGGUUGAUACUGGUUUUUGUUUGUAUUUUAAAGCUAUACGUAAAUCAUCUAUUAAAAACAAACAUAAUAUGGAAAGAAGUAGCCAACUUGUAUUUUUGAGUAAGAGUAUAUUUUGAUGGAAAAAAUUCAUAUUGAGUAUUUGAUAUGUAGAGCAGUCUGUAAGUAAAAAUCAAAUGUAAUAUUUCAUGGUGUUCUAGGUAUUUUAUUUAUAGCUUAAAAAGACAAGCAUUGUUAACAUAUCCUCAUGUUUUCCCUGUAGCUUAUACACUGUUGUAUCGUAUUAAUUGUAAAUAUUUUAUGUAAACUAUGUCUUUAAUUAUGUUUAAUUUAAAAUGUAAUUGAUAUAUUUCUACACUAUUGUAAUUUUUAAAAUUUACCAUCGACGGAAAUUGUUUUUCCAGAUAUGUUGUAUGAUUUUUAGGUAUGUCAUGUUGGUUUAUUUGUAUGUACCUAAUUUUUAGAAAAUAAUGGCAUCUAAUAAACAUCUCGGAACAAUACUA